AUGGACUGUUACCUAACAAUCAUCAUGCCAAAUCCCAGAUUGUACGUAAAAGACGGAAGGCACCAGAUUGAGGGAUUUAUUGUGCACAAAAUCCCGAUUUGCUCCCUCCAUCAGACUGCAAUGAGUGAAAAGCACCUCAUUCAACGUGAGCACCUCCUCUACGACUCCCUGAGCCGGGCAGGAAUGUCUAAUCCUCAUUUGGAGUGCUUACGGAGGGAGCGUCUCUUGGGCAUGAAGGGAGUGAUUGAACGCUACGAACUCUGCCUUCGAGCAAUGGUUGAUCGCGCUGGUCCGAACUUUAAGCGCUGCACCGAACGCAAAAACAGCGAACUGGACUUUGUGCCAACGAACCUGCAUGUAAACCGAAUAGGACUUCUGGAUUCCGAAAAUAAUCUGGGUGAGUUUACUGUUCUGUAA